GCGUUCUAUUUGAAAAAAAGUGAGUAAAGAUGAAAAUCUCAUCUUUUUAGGGUUUUUUAUUUUUAUUAUUAUUAUUAUUAUUAUUUUGGGAGGGGGAACGGGGGGCGUAAGACAAGAAGAUGGGGAUAUGGCAAGGAGAGGGGGAUAUGGAGAGGAGGAGGAAGAUGUGGACGAGGAGGACUACGAGGAUAGCGAGGACGAGGAGGAGGGGGAGUCGAGAUGGGGGAGAAGAAGAGAUGGACGGAGGGAAAGAGGAAGGGCAGGAGGAGAAGGACGAGUGGGAGGAGGAGGGGACAUGGACGGCGAGGAAGGGGAGGACACGAGGAAGGGAAGGAGACGAGGAGGCAUGGAAGAUGAGGAAGUACGAGGAGGAGGAGAAGACAAGGAGGAUGAGGAAGGGCAGGAGGAGGAGGACGAACAGGAGGAGGACGACGAGGACGAGGAGGAGACGAAAAGGAGAAGGGAGGAGGAGACAUGGAGGAUGAGGAAGGGGAGGAGGAGCAAGAGCACUAGUCAUCAACACGACAAUAUUCUCCAUGCAAUGUCUCUGCUGCGCAGAGCACUAAUCAUCAACACGACAAUAUUCUUCACGCUAUGGUACAUGGCAUCCAUAUGGUCCCCGCCGAUGACGACGUGAGGAGCCUGAAGGCUAGGGCCAAAUGCUUCCUGUGGACCGAACACCCCAAUAGAGCCUCCUGCAUAAACAAAGUGGCUUGACAAAU